AUGGGGUUUCUUCUCUCCAAGUCCAUGGAUGCAAAUUUAAAAAAGCAGCAAGAGUUCAUGCUACACAACUCAAGGUUACAGCUGGAGCGUCAGAUGAUGAUGCAGAACCAGAUGAGGGAGCGACAGAUGGCAAUGCAGAUUGCUUGGUCCAGAGAGUUCAUCAAGUAUUUUGGGACAUUCUUCGCUGUGGCAUCUACCGGCCUCACCGUGGGUGCCCUAAAAAGAAAGAAACCAGCCUUGUUGGCCCCCAUCUUACCACUCAGCUUUAUAUUGGCAUAUCAAAUGGACAACGCUUAUGGGACACUUAUUCAUCGGAUUAGAGGGGAGGCCGAGUGUAUCAUGGUGUCUGAAAAUGACCGUCUGGACUUGCCUCACGGGACCCCAACCUUCGAUAGCAUAGAGAAGGCCCGCCGUGCUAAAAGCACCCUCUCCUCCUUCCUGGAAAAAUAA